AUGGCUUUAACAUUUCUUUCUUACUUAUUCUCAUAUUCUUAUUACUUUAGCCAUUCUUUAUCUCUCUCUUUCUCUCUCACUUACUUUCUUUCUUUCUUUCUUUAUUUUGCUUCUCUUAUGUCUUUUUCUUUGUGUUUUAUUUUUUUCUUUUAUUGUUUCUCUUCUCUCGUCUUUUUCUCUUAUUUCAUUUACUGUUUUGAAUGUUCUUUUUUCUUUUCUUUUUUCAAUCUUUUACUCUGUUUUGAUAUAUGUUCUUAUUUUUAUUUCAAUUUAAUUCAUUUGCUUUUGUCUGCCAUUCAUUUUCCUUUGUUUUUCAUUUUGCUUCCUGCCUUCCUAUUUAUUGUAAUUGUACUAAUGCCUUUUUUUAACCUAUUUUCAUAUGUAUUUGUUUUUCGUAUUUUUCUUUUCUUUUCUCAUUUCUCUCUUUUUUCUUUACAAUUUCUUUCCUUCUUUCGUAUAAUAAUAGACUUUUUCUUUCUUUCUAUCUUCAUUUCGUUUUACACGUUCUUUGCUUUUUACUGUUCUUUUAUUUUUCUCUUUUGUGGUACAAUAUUUCCUUCAUUUUUUUCUUUUGUUCUUUUGAAAAUAUUUUUUUUAUCUUGUGCUCAUAUUUUUAUGGUUUUAUUCUUUCCUUCUUCCUUUAAUUCUUUCUUCCUUUUUUUCUUUCUUUCUUCCUUUGAUUCCAUCACCAUACACACCUUUUCAGUUCGAUCAUUCUUUCUUUCUUUCAUUCUGUUUGUUUCUUUGUUUCUUUCUUUGAUUCUAUCGCAUACAUGCCUUUUCAAUUUCUUUCUUUCUUUCUUUCUUUCUCUCUUUCUUUCUUUCUUUCUUUCUUUCUUUCUUUCUUUCUUUCUUUCUUUGCUUCCAUCCCAUUAA